AUGACGAAAAAGAAGCGCAAUCAUCCCGACCUCGACGAGAUCCUUGCGCGUCCUUGGUGCUACUACUGUGAGCGCGACUUCGACGAUCUCAAGAUUCUCAUCAAUCACCAGAAAGCAAAGCACUUCAAAUGCGAGCGAUGCGGACGUAGACUCAGUACUGCAGGAGGCCUGAGCGUACACAUGAGCCAAGUGCACAAGGAAACUCUCACUGCCGUCGAUAAUGCCCUGCCCAAUCGUGUCGGCCUCGACAUCGAGAUAUUCGGCAUGGAAGGCAUUCCUGAGGAGAUCGUCCAGCAGCACAAUCAGCGGGUUCUGCAGACCUACCACCAACAGCAAGCCGACCGUGCUCACAAUCAAGGCGGCGGAGGCGCAGGCGGUAACGCUAGCAAGAAACCCAAAGUCGAAGACAAGAUGUCCCUGAAGGAGCGGCUAGCAAUGCACAAAGCUGCAAAAGCUGCUGCGCAAGAGGGCGAUGUCUCCAACAGCGGUGGCAACACGCCUGUUGCAAGCACUGUGACUCCAGCUCCUGGCACAUUUACCGGUCCUUCGUAUCAGCAGCCUUACACAGCUCCCCCAGUCAACGGCUCGUAUAGCCAACCUCCUACAUACAAUCCCGUUCAGCCAGUCGGGACACCAGGGUAUGCAGUCGCGCAGCCAUCAGCAACGUAUGGUCACAACCCUGGUCAGCCUGUGUCCUACGCUCAACCGCAGCCCUAUGCUCAACCGCUAGCAGCAAACUUCCAACAGCCCCCUUCUUCGUAUUCGGCACAACCUGCCUUUUCACCAGCAGCCUAUCAGCAGCCAGCCCCAUUCCCUGGUCAAUACCCUCCAAACAGCACGAGCCCGUAUCCAGGACAAGCUGGUCCACGUCCUUAUGGUGCCGGUUCACCGCCAUUCAAUUCACACGUCUCACCGCCGCCUCAACCCAACAGCUUUCCUAAGCCAGUUCAUACCGGGACUGUAAGUCUGCCUACUGCUCCAGGUCUGCCCCAGCGGCCUAUGAUUGGUGCACCGCCUGUUAGCGGUUUUCAAUUCCAGCAGAUGCAUCAAGGUGCGAUCCCUGCUCCUCACAGUCACAGUCCGCAGCCGUACCCUCAACAAGAAGCGCCGCCUUCUGUUGUUGCUCCUGCAGCAAACUCGGCUGAGAUGCCAACUGCAUCUUCUAUUGAUGACUUGAUCUCCAGCGCUGCUAAGCAGGCAGAUCCUACGCCUGCAGCCCAACCGUCUGCGGCUGACCCGCCUGCGACCAACGGCACUGGUAGUGCGGCUCCGGCACCGGUGUCUAUCAAGGAGAAGCCUGCGCCGACCGAAGAGAAGAAGGAAAAGUCCGACAAAUCCAAGAGAACUAGGUUGGUCUACUCAGAUGAGCACCUCAGUCCUGAAGAAAAGAUGGCUAUGCUACCUAGGUUCGCUUUCACUCCUCGACAGGCUGCAGCCGCCACGUAG